CGACUUCCUGUCGAAGAUUAUCUUUUCAAACGGUGUGAUAGGAGUCAAUGAUCCUUCGCUAUCGGAUGAUUUAUUAGAUGAAGUUUAUAUUUGCUAAUUUUCAUUUCAAUUGUUAGCCUUCCCCUGAGACGUGUGUUAGCUUGCCUAAAACAUUUGCAUAAGAAAGGCUCUUGUAAAGUGCUUCUUUGAAACGCAGGUGAAAGUUCAUUUCGUCUCGCGAGUGCGUUGGAAAUGGUCGUGUUGUUGUAAGCUCGUUCAAAGAACUGUCCAUUUUUAAAGUACUCUGGCUGCAUGUAGAACUAAUAUCGACACGAUUGCAAGUGCUGUGACCUACAUCUCGGAAUUAUAAGUAGUCUACUUCACAUGCCACUUGGCCGAGCUGUCAUUUUAACGACUUGCAAGCGUCAUGCAUAAAUCCUGAGCUCUAUAACUGAUAUGAAUGCAGCAAACAGCGUCGUAGUCCUAACUCAGUAAACAAGUUCGUUUAGGAGAGGAAAUAACAUUCUUUUAAAGUUGGUUUGAUGAAAUAUCCAGAGACGUUUUGUUGGAGGAGUUAUAUGCAUAAACCUUGGGUUAAAGAUUUGAAAAGCUAUAAGGAAAUUUGGAUUGAGCGUAUUCUCUUGAUUGGGGUGGCCUGACGUUCUGCUGACGUUAGUAGCAGAGACAUAUAAAGAACCAUUAUUCCCACGUGUUUCGAGUUGAAAUCACGCGUGAAGUAGAUAGCAGAGACGCAUUUUCUUUACACAACGAAACGACAAUGUCUGAAUCUCAGAACAAGAAGGACAGUUGUCAAUCAUGGAUUUAUUUAUCGUUUGCAUCAUUGAUUACGUUUUUUGUCUUUGGCUUUCUUGAUUCCUACGGCGUUUUGAUGGUAUUUCUCGUGAAACAUUUUAAUGAAAAAACCAGCAUGGCAGCGUGGGUUGGUUCAUCCGCAAUGUUUGGCUGUUUCUUUCUAUACCCAUGGAGCUUACGUAUGCGCUACAGAUACGGGAUUCGUUCAACCGUUAUCGGAGCUGGAAUACUCCUUCUUCCCGUGUUUAUUUGUUCACCGAUGGUCCCAGAUAUGUAUUACUUGUUUUUAACCUUUUCUAUCCCGAUCGCCUUUGCGUGUUCAGUAAUUGGAUGUGCAACGUUCACUACUAUUAAGGAAUGCUUUGAAAGCUAUCAAGGCGUCGCUUUUGGUGUAAGAUCCAGCAUGAACGCUCUUGGCACUGUUGUCUUCUCCUUUGUUUUACCAAUAUUGCUCUCAGAACUUGGUUGGCAAAGGACAUUUUGGAUUUUGACUGGCAUAAGUUUUAUUACAAUCUGUUAUGCUCUUGUGUACCACGGUUCCGGGAAAGCCGAGGAAUAUCCAAGCGAAAGGAUUUUCAGCGUUAGCACAGUCAUCAGUUUGCCCACGAAGGAGUUCUCAAAGGAUGAUCUGAGUAUUUACUGUAGACUAUUAAAGAGUAAAAAGUUGUUGGUGUUUCUCUUGGCUCAUACUGUAUUCGUGAUUGUCGUCUUUAUGCCUCCUGUAUUCAUGGUACAAUUUGCAACGAAUCUCGGUCAUCCAUUAUCAACAUCGAAAUGGCUGAUGAUUGUACGAGGAAUUGUUGCUGUCGUCGUUAGAUCGUUUGCUGGACGUCUUGGGGAUCUGGCAGCAAGACGAAGAAAAGUCAGAUAUCUUAUGUUAUCAGUUAUGGCGUUGUUUAGUAUCGCUACCUUUUUAUGCUCAACGACAAAAUCCUUUACAUUUAUGAUGAUAUACAUGGGAUUUAUCUCCGUUGUGGACAGUGUUUACUGGGUUGUUUUACCUCUCCACGUUACUGAAGUAACAAACGGACUACCUUCGGAACAUGCCUUUGCAUUGUUCAGUUGUAUAGGCUCCUUCGCUACUCUUGGAGGUCCGCCAUUUUUAGGGUGGAUCUAUGACAGCGCAGGAAAUUCAAGUCCUGUAAUGCGAACAGUAGCUGGAAUAUCAGCUUUAGCUUCUUGUAUAGUAGCAUUAAGACUUUAUUUCGGUAAAGAUAAUGCUUUGUCGGUCGCAAUGUCUGAAGAUUUUGUUGAUGAUGAUGUUUUCAUCCAAGAUGAUCUUCCAACUCAAACGACAGUUGUCUAUAUGACGGAACCAAAGUUUCAAUAUGUAACUGUUGUAUAAUAUCAACUGAUAUAAUCAUAUCAUAGUUAGUCUUUAAGACUAAUAGUAUUGGAUGUUCUUCGCUUUAUCCGUGACAUAAGGAACGCUGAAACGUUCGUGUUUUUUAGUAGUUGUUUGCCGUAUUAGACUAGAGAAAAAGUACUUUCGCAAAUUGAGAAGAAAUUGUAUCCUUAUGCGGAUGAAGUGUUGUACAUGCAGUACUCUUAAGUUAAGAAUAUUUUAUUUAUUUUGCUAUUUAUACAAAGUACUAGUUAUAAAUUAUUAAAAUAUGUUGGUGAAGUUAUGUAACUAAUAUAGAGUUCGAACUGUGGUCUAAAAUUAUAGAAUAUACGCCUCUUUUGGACCGCGGGAUAUUUCGGACUAAGAGUCUUAAUAGUCAAUGGUAUUGUUAUUAUAUUUAAUGUAAAAAUAUACAUAUAUAAUGUGUAUGUAGGGUUUAUGUAUUUUAGAAAGUAAUUAUGUAUCUUAUCGACGUAUUUGAAAGAAAAAAGCAUAUAUUAUGGAAAUAACGUCGCAAAAUAAAAGUGAAAUUAUGUAGUUCACAGUGCACAAAACUCGGUUGCAAUCAUAAAAGCGAACUGUUAAUUAGUGCUAGUUAGUUAAAUGCACCAAUAUCCACCAACACUGAAUAACUAGUCAUUCUAACGAGUUAAGAAAAUCAGGAUAUAACCGUAAAAAACAGUUUAUGAUGUAGAAAAUAGAUAGCUAUGCUUAUGAACGAAGAUGCUGAAACAGUUUUUAACGUUUAAUUUUCUCAAAAAUUGUCAACUAUGUUUUUAAAACAAGUAACUAAUUAAUACUUCAUUUUGAAGAUAAAGUAAAUUUUAUAAAUACAAAGUUGAUAUUUUGUACUUAGUUUAGGACUUAGGUAAAACCAAAGGAUUUGUUCUUGUGAACUGAAGUGGGAAGAGGUGUUUUGAAAAUAAAGAAA